CUGUGAGUAUCAUGCGCCUUUUGCUGUAGACGUAUCUCAAGUUGAUACAAGCUCGUUGACCCCAGGCACGGUUGUUCAGGUUUGAGCCAAAAGCUAAUAUAGUAUAGUCAUGGUGUAUCAUCAUGGACAAAGCGACUGGGCCAACAAUGCGAAGAUGACAGGCCAAAUCUGCUCGGAACAGGAUUUUCUGCGGCUCCUAACUCAGGAUAGGAAUUCGGCAACGAACAGGAACCUCAUCAAGAAGUGGGAGGAGACAUUCCCACAAGCUUGCAUUGGGGCACUCGCUGCGAUUGGACACUAUGAGGUAUUGCAAGUCGUUCUGAGCCCGUCUAAGUGCGAGAUGUGGAACAAUUCGUACGCCUUCCCGUACGCAUUUUGUGCUGCAGCAUUCGCCGGACAGUAUAGCGUCAUCGAUGAAAUUCUGGACGUCCUCAAGGAUUCUCUUGCGCUCGAAGACAUCUCUCCACAUGCACUGAUUGGGGGCGCUGCAUGUGCACUCAAGAACGGAAAACUGGACAUUGCCAGAGAUAUCCUAGAGCUUGGCGACGACUUCUUGCCGGUGGUGGCUUCUAAAACUUUCCCAGCCUUCCUAGCCGAAGCCUUGGCCAGCGAUGAUGCUUCCUUCAUGUCAUUAGUGUUGGACAUGGCGCACGAUGACAACCGCAGAUGCUACAUUGAUGCCUUUGCGAACGCGUGUAUGAACGGCCAAGUCACUAUUGCGGGUCUCUUCUUUGAGAAGAACAAACUCAACAUCAACCAGAACUUCGAAGUGGCAGGACUUGUCGAAUGGCCUGUUCUUGAGCAUGUAAACCCUAUUCUAACAGCCAUAACGCAGGCUCCAAGCAGCAAAGCUCGUGCAGCGCUCGUCGGGGAGCUUCUUCGCUUGGGUGCGAGUCCGGAUGGCCCAAGGAUCAUGAACAGAGGCUUUUGGUCUCUCCCAGUACCAGCAGCUGUGCGAAUUGGUUGCCAGGAUACAGUUCUGGUCUUGCUGAACAACGGUGCGGACUUGAUGCUAUCUAACAACCCAAAGUACAAACUCGAGAAGAUGCGGGUCCUGCGAUGGAUCAGCGCCCGAUUCCAGCAUGGGCUCCAGUACCUCAUCAAACCCAGCGUGAGACAAGAGCUGAGGAACCAGCUAGGGUCCGGCCCGGAACCGGACCGGAAAGAGCCCAACCCCUUCCUCAUGCUUGCCGUGUCUGUGAAGGACUACCGUUGGGACGCUGUCCGCUUGCUACUCAACCGCGGAGCAAAUCUGCGUUUCCGACCGGCUGAUUGGUACUGUCUCGCGGCGUGGGACGACAUCCUGAAAGCUAUGCAUGCAUACUUCAGUGACGGACGACGCGACUUUCUCUCUGAUGUAGCUUGGUGGAGACUGAACAAUGAGUUGGGAUACAUGAGCGAAAUUGCGAAAGCCGCCCACGAUCUAGCCUCCACGAUCACGGGAUGAACUAUUCGAAAGAUGGCAGAGCGGUAUCUGGGGCAUUAGGCACAUGCAAGACACGAUGGAUCCCGGCUGAUGGGCACAACAACCCCCAUUGCUUCUAAGCACGCAUGCUAGUGGAGUUUGCUCAUUGAUUUGUCCGGUCUGACGGGUAUAUUUUUUCUAGUUGUCUUUGCAAC